AAUUUAUUUCUUUAUUUCAUAUUUUAGUCAUCUUUCUUGCUUUUUGAGGAGUAGAUACUAGUAGUAGCUUAAAAGGUAAAGUUGCAAACUUGGAAUAGAAAGAGAAGGCAUGAGGAUUGAUGCAUAAUGGCAUGUAAGUAUUGUAUGUAUAUUUUAUAUUAACAGACAAAGCAGACCCAGAAACACAUAGCAUGGUAGGUUAUGAUGACUUAAGGAUGAUGAUUCUUUUUGCUGUUGAUUAGCAAAAAGAUGCAAUUUUUUAAAGUGGGCAUGGUCAGAAAUCUUGCAGCUCUUUGUCUCUCAAUCAUCUUGCUCAUGUGAGAGAGAAUUUGGAGAGAAAGAGACUUGACAGCAAUCUAAGAUUUGCAUUCUAUAAAUUGGCUUGAUGAUGGACUUGGAAUUUGAGAAGAUCUGUGUAGUAGAUGGAAGUCCUAAUACUGUCCUUCUUUGUCCACGACAAUUCUACAAAGUUGAAAGGGAAAAGACCAAUAAACCUCAUGAUGCAUUGAGCCCAAAACAAGGGUUUUCAGAUAUAAGGUUUCGUCGCUAUAGUAGAGCAUCCUGUAAACGAUCUCAAUCUAAGAGUACUGUCCCGGAAGGAAAUAAAGUUCUAAAAAGAGGUUCUGUAUAUCAGAGUUCUCAAGAAGUAACAAUGAAGGAUUUAGGUGAUGUUGGGGAUAGGAGAAAAAUUGAAUUUCCACAAGGCAGUGUCAAUGCCUUAUCAAUUGGGGUAGUAAAUUCGCUGUGUGACUCAGAUGAAGAUAGCUCAUCAGUAGAGCAUAGAUCAUCAGCGAUGUCUCUCAACUCGGAAUCAAGCACAUCAGUAACUAGCACAUCAGUAACUAGCAAACCAUGUACCUCUAAGGAGUUUUUCAGUAGCUCCCGGCAACCUAUUUUGAAAAGAGAGGUAUCGUUAAAUAGCUUCUUAAAGAUUUCCUUGAAAUCCGAGGACGGAAAAAAUCAGUCAGCUAAAUAUGCAGAGAGAAAAGAAGUUGAGGCAUCCAUGUGCAAUAACGAUCCAACUUUUAGUCUUCCAAGAGAUGACAGCGGGCUUAAAAAGAGGGAUACUGGUUCUGUCAUGCAAAAAUCAUUAUCUGCUAGACCAGUCCUGCCCUAUACGCAUCCUCGAUUGGAAAGCAAUUGCUCCACACCAGGCACUCUAUUUUCUGGCUUAAGCCCCACGAGAGAGACAUCUGAACCGCUUCCCGAGCUGAAAUCACAGAGAAGUCCUCUGGGCUCUGUUGAUGAGCAUAUUCCCAUUGCAAAAGUUAGCAUCAAAAGGAACAAGAGAUUACAUAGAUCGCUCUUGCCUGAUUUUUCAAAAACAUCAUGGAAUACAUGUGAGUCUCAAAUUGUCAAGGAAUACAGUAAGCCUCCACUGCCUUGUUCACCAGCUCAUUUACAUGGCCAUCUCAAGUUUAAAAAUAGACAUGGGAUGCCGUAUUUUGAGUUCUUAGUGAAGAGUCCAGAAGACAAAAUUAUAGCCAAGACAUGGAAAGUUGGAAAUGCUUUGAAUUGGCUAUACACCUUCCACACCAGUCAAAACAAAAGUAGAGCUAUAUCUCCUAAUUGGGGGAUAAAAGAGAGCAAUAAAGAAUCCGCUAUGGUGGGACAGAUGCAAGUAUCUUGUUUAUUGCGUUCAGAUCUCAAUGAUGCUGGAGCUUUAGAAAACUCCACAGUGACAGAAUUUGUGUUAUAUGAUAUCAAGCAGGCAAGAAAAGAUAUAGCCGCUAAAAAGGACUCUUUCUCUUCACUUGAAGCUGCUAAACCUCUUACAAGUGUUAAAACAAACUUAGCCGGGGGAACAUGCAAGUUGCACGAGACUUCUGAUCUGAGAAAAUAUAGUGAUCAACCAAAAAAUGUCUUUAAUGGUGGUCACUCUCCGUGGGAGCCAGCAGAUUUACAUCCAAACAAUGAAAUUGCGGCAAUCGUUAUUCAAGUUCCACUAGAGAAGAGGGAAAGCUUGAAGGAAAAAAGAAGGAAUCAGAAGAGUAACCAAUCAUACAUCAACUUGCAUGAUUUUGAAGGAUUGGAUCAGAGAACAAACUGCUUGUCCCAGACAAAGGUGAAUGUUGUAACCUCUUCUGGAAAUCAUGGUUUGCCAACUGCAGAAUGUCCUGGCCCUUCACGACUACUAGAUAGAUGGAAAUCUGGCGGAGGCUGUGACUGUGGAGGCUGGGAUAUGGGCUGCCCCCUUGUUACUUUUGACAAUUCCAACCGAUGUCCUGAGGACCAUUCCCCCAUAAACAACCAGCAGCCUUGGAAACUUUAUAUACAGGGAGGAAAAGAGAAAUCACCAGCAUUCAGAAUGACAGGAACCAAGGAGGGAGAGUAUGAAGUUGAUUUUCAUGCACAAUUAAGUACAUUACAGGCUUUCUCAAUCUGCGUCUCUAUCUUGCAUAGUACAGAGGCUACCGAUGCAGCUAAGCAGUCGAGAGAUGACAAGUUUCAACAAUGUGAUUCUCUGAGUGGGCUUUUAGAUGAGGAUAUUAAAUAUAUAUUUGAAAAUGUGCAAGAUGAGAAAAAGAAAGCUCCAGCAUCUUUUGUACUCAAUCCACCCUUUUCUCCCAUUGCUCGAGUAUAGUCUCAGCAUAUACUCUUCGCGAUGAAGCAAUGACAUUUGAGCAUCUCAUGCCGGGGUUGGACUAUUUCUAAUGACGUUUGAGCAUCUCAUGCCGGGGCUGGACUAUUUCUACCAAAUUUACUCUGAUCAAUUAAUUCAAGCCUCACAGUCUUGUAUUGCGGAAAAGUGGAGUAUUGUUGAUAACAUGUUCGGGUGGCCAUUAUCCAUUUCUUGCAGGUUACAAGCUGUUCUCACUGAUCUAGCACUUCCAGCAUUUCUUAUAGUCUUAUAUCCAUAGAAAUAUAUAGAAGGCACCAUACUUUGCAUAUAAUCAUUAGCUAAAGAGGUGUAAUCAUUUAAGUACAUAUAAUUAGUCAGUAGUGAGUAGUAAAAGAAAAUGAAGUUGGUUGCAGUUAGAAAAGGGUCUCAUGAGUCUUGAGCUUAUUCAUUUAUUAAAAGUGUAAAAAUGUGCAUGUUAGAUAGAUUUAUAUAUGUAUUUUAUUCCUCGAA